UGUUUCCACACAGGAGCGCACCAGUGCGCUGGAACAUCACGCGUGGGGAGAGCUCAGCAACCCGCUGCGCGAAGAGAAAAACACCUUGCCAGAUCGGUCUCCACCGAGGCGGAUGUCUCUGCUGUCAAAGCUUGAAUUCAUCUCAAUGAUCGCAAUGCGUUUGGAUUGAGUUGGCGCUUUUUGUGGGAGGAGGGGGUCUCCAUGUCUGUGCGGGGAAAAUGAGGACAGCCGUCGGUUUCCGUGGAUGAUGAUGUCCCACAAUGAACGCAGAGUUUCAAAAUCCACUGCAAGUCCCUCGACCAAGGGUCCGCAGUCACUUGACUAUCAAAGUGCAGUCAAAGUUGACAUCGAAAUCAUGGCCCCCUGUCCAUGGCCUGAAACCUCCUGUCGCCCCCAAACCCAGACCUCUCUCUCAGCCUCACCUACAGGGAAACACAGACUAUCAGCAGAGACUCAGCAAUGGAGAGCUGUCUCACUCUGAUGGAGAGAUGGGGGAUCUCCUUGAAAUCUCUGAGGAGAAUCACAAUAAAGAAGAGAGAAAAGAGGUGGAGGGAGGGAUUACUGACAACAAUGCAAGAGAGAGUGACAAAGAGGACACUGAAGGUGGAGAUACUAUGGUGGAAAGAGACAAAGAAACAGAAGUAUUUGAAAAAGAUGCUGAUGUGGACAGCAUAGCAUCAGAUGACACGAUCAAGGCGGAUGAUUUGAUUGACAUCACAGAGGAAGAAACAACCGACAGUGACUCCGUUCAGCCUGACGGUAGUGAUCACACUGAAGAUGAGAGUACAGUAAUGCUAAUAAAUCCUCCAACGGAAACAGAAAUUGAGGAAGGAGAAGGGGUAGAUAAAAUCAAAACUGGCUAUGACUCUACAAAGCACAUAGAUGAACACGAGGAGCCACAUCUUGACCAAACACAAUCUUCUAAUGAUUGUUGCGCAAACGAUGAUCUUGGACUAAAUGAAACCACUGAGCUGCACAGUGACUUUUUCACAAAUGAGUCUGAGUUGGAAAAUGGCAGAUUUGCAUAUGGAUUCAGCAUGCUUCCAACCGUUACUGAGGAGUAUACCUACGAUGUGAUCGGCCCCACAGAUGAUGCCAGUGAUACAUGUGAGUCAUGUGACACAGUGGAAACAGGGGACGCAGAAGUCUGGCAACCAGAGCGAGCUACCAAGGACCUCUCAGGGUGUUUUCGAUUCACAUCCAGCACAGAAGAUGUUUUUGGGCCUUAUUCUGUAAUAGAGGCGGUUCCAGGAGAUAUGAGUGGCACUGCUGAUCCUGAGUGGGGCCCUGGAGAGGAAGAAAAAUCUUCAUCAGCAAAUGAAGCUCAAACGCAGGAUGCCUUUGACCAGGAACCUUACUAUGUGUCAUCAGAUGAUGUGGACAAGCUUGAAGAGGCACAAGCCAACUCAGAAGAGCUCCGUAUUGAGGAGGUCACAGAGCAAUCUUCUCAAAAUAAAGACAAAGCUAAAGACAAUGAGUCAGCAGAUGAAUACGCUGACAUUGAUAAUUCAGUCUGCCUAAAAGAUGAGAAUGUUGAGCAAUCUGAAUGCGUGUCAUCAGAGGAUUAUGUAGAGAUAGGUGAUGAGGAUGAGGAAGAGGAGCAAGAAAAGAAACAUAUCAGAGUAAAAACUGCAAAAGAGAGGACAGCUCAAAGGGAGCAAGCUUUAAGCGGCCAGAGAAAAAGCUGUCAGCCUCGUCUCAGAUUGUGCAACAUCACAGUGCCAGCAGACUUAGACCUUGGCUGCACCCCGGAGCUCACCAACAGGGUGGUGUUUGCCCACACAACCGAAGCCUUUGAAGAAGACAUUGAAGAACUGGACUGCCAUAUUGUGCCUUAUUAUGAAGACACGGAUUCAGACAGCGAUGAGCAUAUUUAUGUAGAGGUUGGGUUUGAAUCAGAAGGAGAGAAUUUCAUGCCUUUUGACCGAAAAACUAUAGUUACACGAUCACGGUCCUAUUCUGGAAAGGUUUCAAAUUAUGUUCCAGAAACCGUACCAGAGGAGACAGGGACGGAGACUCAUGACUACUGCACUGUACCAGAGGACAAAACCAAUGAACCUCUUAGUCCUUCACCUCAGCCAACAAGUAAUUGCAUAACUCCUUCUACAAAGUCUCGUCGCUUCUUGCUUUCUUCACGGUCUGCUGAUGGUCCAGAAUUAUCCUUUUUUACCUCAACAGAAAAUGACCAGUCACAUAAGAAUGAUAUCAGGAUAAAGAGAAAAGAUGACACACUUUCCCUUCCAUGUGUCAUAACUUCCUCUGGAAGCUUCUCCCAGCGAAGUCAUCAGUCAUCAAGUGGUGUUUCUACACCAACUUCUCUAGCAGACAUACCUCCACCUUUUGAGCUGGUCCCAAUUACUAAGAGACCUGUUACCAAAAGUUCACCAUCCCUCUUGAUACAGCAUGAGGCAAGCGAGACACCCAAGAAGAAGAAGUCUUCAUUUAAGCGUUUUUUAGCAUUCAAGUUUAAGAGGAAGACAGAGUCUAAAGGUUUCAGUGACGGAAGUGUACGCUCUUCACGAUCGUCCUCUGAGUCUAGCCAUCAUGGCAUGAGAGUUGUUGACCUUGAUCGUCGCAGUAAUGGUAGCUCAUCUCAGCUUCAGUCCACCAUGGUCAACCCCCAGCAGCAUAUAUCAAACCAUCCAUCCUCUUUUAUUCUCAACAAAGAUCACCAGAGGAGGAAAGGAGACCUCAAAGCUGAUGGCAAGACCGUCUCUAGAGUGGAGUCCUUCGAGGAGCGCUCUCGUCGCUCCAUUAUGCCACUUCCAAUGACCAAACCUCGCUCCAUCUCUUUUCCAAGUGCAGAUACCUCAGAUUAUGAAAACAUCCCAGCAAUGAGUUCUGACUAUGAGAACAUUCAGAUCCCAGGAAGACCCACCAGAUCCCACACAGUUACAGAAUUUUUUGAAAAUCCGAACCGCACCAUAGUUGUGUCCAAUGAAAAUGAUGGCUAUGUAGAUAUGAACAGUUUCCCUGGGAUUGACAGCAAGCCGUUGACAUCGAAAGCAGACUCUGAAAGUGCCUACACCGAGCCUUUCCCCAUGAACCCAGUCUCUGCUGGUCUGUCAGCAGAUGAAGACCAGGGUCGUACCUCAGAGGAAGAAGAUGGGUCUUUGGAGCAAAGCUAUGACCGGCAGAUUGAUGGGCGUUCUCGAGCGUUCUACAUUGCCAAAGAACUGGUCGACACAGAGAGAAUACAUGUUAGUGCCCUGAAGCACAUUCACGAGGACUUUAGGUCAGCGGUGACUGAGGCAGCAGACGAGGAAGGACAGCCAGUGCUGGACGAGCAGAGGCUGGGGGAGAUUCUGAGUGUGCUUCCACAGGUUUACAACCUCCACAGCAGCAUCUUGGCUGAGCUGGAGGAGCGCAUUGCCAAUUGGGAAGAGAACCAGAAGAUGGUGGAUGUGAUCCUGUCCCGUCAGGAGGAUUUUCGAGUGUUUGACACUUACAUCUCUGAGUAUGAUCGCAGCAUGUCUAUACUGGAACAAAGUUGCAGAAACAGCCCAGGUUUUGCCAGCAUCGUCAGGCAAUUUCAGGCUAAGGGUCCAGAAGAACCUGACGUCCCAAUGAAACACCAGCUGCUCCAGGUUAUCGUGAGAGUUCUUCAGUAUCGAAUGCUUCUUACCGAUUAUUUGAACAACCUCUCUCCUGAUUCAAAAGAAUACGAGGACACUCAAGCUGCUCUGGUGAUAGUGUCUGAGGUGGCAGACCAGGCCAAUGACAACCUAAAGCAAGGGGAGAACCUGCUGCGUCUUGUCCACAUAGAGUACAGCGUGAAGGGGAAGAGGGACCUCCUGAAGCCUGGAAGGAUAUUCGUCAAAGAGGGGACACUCAUGAAGGUCUCGAGGAAGAGCAGGCAGCCAAGACACCUUUUUCUGAUGAAUGAUAUCAUGCUGUAUACCUACCCCCAGCAGGAUGGAAAAUACAGACUUAAAAACACCCUUUCCCUUUCAGGGAUGAAGGUGAGCAAACCCAUCCUGGAAGGUGUGCUUAACUGUCUUCGGAUUGAGGUGUCUGACAUCACUAUAACUCUCUCUGCCAGUUCGGUUGGAGAGCGAGAGGACUGGUUCCACACUUUGAGUCGAGCCAUUGCAGACCAUGCUGCAGGACUCUGCACUUUUGGUGGUCCCUGCAGUGAGGCUCGUGAGAAACUAUGGAUGGCUCUUGGUGAGGCUGCUCCUGUGCUUGUGCCGGUUUCCCAGGUUAUGAUGUGCAUGAACUGUACCUCAGAUUUCAGCCUUACACUCAGACGACACCACUGUAACGCCUGUGGAAAGGUGGUGUGUCGAGCUUGUUCUAGGAACAGAUAUCCUCUGAAGUACCUUAAAGACAGAAUGGCCAAAGUUUGUGAUCACUGCUAUGCUGAGCUCAGAAAAAGAGGUGGCAGCAUAUCGGGAGCAUGUGGUAACUCCAGCCCUCGGACUCAUAGGGCCAGUCGGCCCCUCUCUGCCGUUUUUCAAAGUCUGCAGCCUCCCAGUUUGUGGAAAUCCAGAAAAAGCAUCUCCAAUCUCAGUCAGGUGUCACUUGGGGUGGAUGGAUCCACCAUGAGCGGCAGCCUCCAGCGUCGGAAGAAGAGCAAAAGGAAGUGGAAGAGGCUGUGGUUCCUCCUCAAAGAUAAGGUGCUCUACACCUUCACAUCCCGUGAGGAUAAAGUGGCUUCGGAAAGUCUACCUCUGCAGGGCUUCACUGUGAAGCUGACCGAGAGACCAGAUGGAGAAGAAGGCAGCAACGUGUUUCAGUUAUACCACAAGAAAACCCUCUACUACACCUUUAGAGCUGAUGAUCAACACACUGCACGCAGAUGGGUCAACGCCAUAGAAGAGGCUACAGUUUUAUAGCAUCUGCUCACUGGGGUGAAAAAUCCCUGCUGUGUGCAGCUUCUAGGACUCCCGUGAGGAAAAUGUAAAACAAAACUACCUGCUGACCAUCAUUAAAGAUUCAGCACAUCUGAUAUCUAUGGAGAUACUGAAAUGGAAGCACUGGAGUUUAGAGAAGGCUGCCGCCCAGUGGCAUGGAACUGAAUUACAGAUAACUCCAAUUAUUUGUCUGUGAAGAUCUUCUUGUUUUGUUUUAAUAUAAACAUUGCAGGCAAAAGAUCGUUGGACCCUUUUAUUAUUAAGAUGCAGCAUGGAAACACUGAACAGCAGUGCGCCUGCGACAGAGGUUUUCUGGAUUUUUUUUCUCUUUUUCAACAUUUUACAACAAUCUUCCUACAGAAAUCUACCCUACAGCUAUGCCAACUUUUCAAGAAUAUGUCUUUGCAUUUUAAUCUUUAUAAGCAUCAUCGAGUUUUUACACUACAGGAUUAAAAUGUAAUUUAUUUCAAAUUAAAAAUGCAUUAGGCUGGACCAGCAACUCUUUGCAGCAAAACUCAAAGCAGCUGCUAAGCAAUAUCCAUGCACUGUAAGCGAUGAACUCUUUUCCAUCAUUUCACUUCUUGUUCUGAAUAUAUAUAUAGUGAAGUAUACACUGCAGAUAUACAAGUGAAACAUUGGAUUUAUUUGUAUAAAAUUGGUGUUAUAUGAUGCUCUAAGUAAGGAUUCAUUUUAUUCAUCACUGUAUGUAAACUUUUUGACUCGUGUGAAGUUUUAUUCUUUAAUUCAUUGUACAAAACAUGACCUUCAGCAUGCGUGCAUAUCCAAAGUAGGUCAACAAACUUUAUCAACUAUGCUUUGUACUUUAAUCUGUACAUUUUUACACGUUAACUACGUUGGACAUCCUGUUCUGAAGUGCCAUUUGACUUCUUCCAGUUGAAUGCAGUUAAAUUUGCUACUAUUAUUGAAUGUGCCUGAAAUUAAAUGUAUGUCAUAUCCUUUAUAUUAUCACAGUACUGUAUGAGAAAAAACUUUUUUAAAUCUUCUCCUAGAUGUUAUAGCUACUACUCAAACACAGAAGAAUAUAGUAUUUGUGACAUUUUUACUGAAGCAUUAUCUUCUACCGUAUAUGCUGCUCGAUAAAAUAUUAUCAUUUCAGCUGGAUUAAAGUGAUCUGGCUUAUUCGAAGAAAGAGCCCUGGGUUCAUUUCAUUUACUGUAACUAAUAUAGACAUUCAUAGCACUAACAGUGGACCUAAAAGCAGUUAUAUUUUACUCUCAAAAGCUUCACUCUUCAACCCGUUUUUAUCUCUGAUAUAUGUUUUUCACCAUUCCUACUCAUCUCCUCACAUCAGCACUGCUGUAAUGGAUUGUAUAUCUUUCAUCUAGUGCAUUGUAAAUGUUUUUGUACAUAGAAGCAUCUAAAAAUAAAACAA